AUGGCGACACUCGCAUCGUCGCAUUUCCUCUCGCCAGCAGCGAUUGCUUCUUCUUUCCAUCGUCGCCAUCUUUGUCAAAGAUGUAGAAAAAGAAAAAGAGCACCAACAACGAAUAAAAAAUCAUCGAAUCGUCCAAUUCCGAUACCGUUAUCUGCGCUUUCCAUCGAAGAAGAAGAACAAGAUGUCUCGCACUUUAUAAACCUCAAAAACGGCAUCGAAGCGUUACCAGUCCUUCGAGAACACUUCCCACACAAACACAUAAAUUUCAUGCGCAUGCAAUCCACCUUGUGCGAGAGAGGUGACAUGGAAAAAAUCAUGCUCGAAGUGGAUGCCAAUUUGCUCCUGAAACUGGCCACGGACAGGCCGUGCGUGAUUUACGACUACGGAUCGAGAUCGGAAGAAACCGGUUUACCUCGGUCGUUUUGGUACGGAUUAGAAAGCAUGAUGUAUUUUUUACGCCACGAGUGGGGAUUCGACGGGUACGGCGAAGAAGACAACAUCGGGUGUACAGAUGGUCGAAGACGACGAGAAGUCGUUUUGAGAGGUAAGAAGUGUACGAAAGAAAUCGAACGCAAACGGACCUUCUUCAGUAAAAGCUUGAAGAAAAAGAUUCGGUAUUACCGACAGUUUAUUCCGGAAACGCAUUCGCGAGAGUUGAAAGUGAUCGGGGCGUAUAAGCUCACCGCGCACGACGGCGAUAGGGAGUAUUACAAGGAGACGUUGAACGAGCAUCUCAGAAUACAGUCUUCGACGUCGAGGUCGAGGAGUCACGACGACGACCGAAACGAUGAUAACGGUGACGACGAUAGUUUAGAAGCGACCAUCGAGAAGCUCGAACAGUUAGGGUUUAAAAUCUUCCGCGGCGGCGAUCGCGAGCAAGAAUGGUUGGAUAUGAUUAAAUCUAGUAGUAGUAGUACAGGUACCUAG